AUGGCUACAUAUCAUUCCGAGAAUUCAUCACAGCAUUAUCAAUCACAUCACGAGGAACAGUUGAUGAGAAACUUGACUGCAAGGGCAUUUUCACUGUACGAUGUAGAUAAUGAUGGAUAUAUAACAAAAACUGAAAUGGUGAAUAUUAUUGAAGCAAUACAUUCAAUGGUUGGAGAUAUCAUGGAUCUACCAAACGAUGAAAAUACUCCUGAAAAACGCGUCACUACAAUUUUUUUAAAUAUGGAUUUGAAUUUGGAUGGCAAAUUGACACGUGAAGAGUUCAAGCAGAGUUCUAAAAAUGAUCCAUGGAUUGUUCAGGCUCUAACAACUGAUAUUCCUUGA